GGCUGGAGUGAUAACUGAUAAUACUUGGCGGGAAAUUGGACUUAUCAGGAGCUUUUGUUUCAUUUACUGUUCAUUGUCACAUAACGUUAUUUUAUACGUUUGCAGUUCCUUUGUUUAUUAUUUUAUAGUUCUUUUAGUUUUAAAUCACCCAGGCAGUAUCGACGUUCAUCUCGCUCUUUUUUUAAUACUUACACCAUGAAAAGGUUGGACAGUGUCAUCGUCUCGUGCAGAAGCGAUGAUAGUGACUAUAGCGAUGAUGAGAUUAAACCGAUUCAACGACGGAGAAUUAAGAACGCCAUUUCUUCAUCAAGUUCUGAGGAGGUAUUGGACAAACUGCAUGAAAUGAGCAUCGGUGGUAAUGAAAAAGUGGAUACAGUAAUUACCGAUCGGAAGAAAUUCAGUUAUUGGGCACAAUCUUUUACAGAUAGACAAAAAGAAUUCCAGAACAGCCAUAUAUCUUACAGCAGUGACAGUGAUGAAGGUAAUGAACAAAUAAAAAAUACCACCAUUGAUAAGUCAAAAAGAACAAAUAAACAAACAAGGUCCAGUGGUAAAAUAAGCGAUAAGGAAAAUAUACCUCUGGAUGAAAAAAAUGUCAUUGUUUUAUCAUCACCUGAGAAAUCACGUCCUUAUUGGGCACGAUCUUNUGAUUUUCCAUUUUAA